AUGGUGUGGAGAACCUGGUUGAUGAUGCUGUGGAUGACACAGAGGCUGAGGCAGCUUCGGCACGGAGGCCCCAGCAGAUCCAUCUUCCCCACCACCAGCUGCUUCACCCCCGCAGAAGAGGAUGAGGUCUUCCCCGACGAUUACGAUCCUUAUGAGGGAGCUCCAGCGACUCCGAUCGAGGCACAACCUCUUAUCCAUGUACAUGACACCGAGUCGCAGGGUGAGAUUCUGUCCAUAGAGGCACAACCUGCAGUGGUUAAGAGUCGGAAGAGGAAGAGAAAGCCUCCUGUAUGGUUCGGUGACUAUACGGAGAUGAAGAGGAGACAUAGGCCAUCUUCGACUUUUGAUCCCCUGGAGCCACCGGACGAGAAAUUGUUAACCACUUUCCGAAAGUGGUGUGUUGGACUCAUUCCGAACCACCGACUUCGGGAUUUGAGAAGUGGUGAUUACGGUCCAGGAUUCUUUUGGAUAAUGCUCACACCAAAGGAAUGGCUUACAGAUGACCAUAUAGAUGCAGCAAUGCAUAUGCUGAGGAGGCGACGCACCGACUAUCCACUGACAUUUCCUCAGAAGGGUAUCAUUCUCUCCACAUUCGUGACCGCCAUGAUCAGCAGUGCAUGGACGAGCCACAAGGGUCCGAGGAAAAACUUUAAAUGGGAGGAAUAUAUCCUGGACUACUGCACAGGGUUUCAUAAGUCCCAAGUCUUUGAGAGAUGGAGGGGUAACGAGUUUAUUUACUUCGUUCUGCACCUUCCCACGGCAAGACACUGGGUCACAGUUGAAGUGGACAUAGAGCUGUGGAAAAUUAAUGUCUACGACUGUGAUUCCAGCGUCUGUCAUUGGACCGCCAUGGAACCCAUCUUGAAGGUUUGGUCAGAACUGCUGCCCUCGCUAAUCCUUGCAACCGGAAUUUCCACAUAA